UGUUUCCGCCAGCUUCAGCCUGGUUUAGAUUCCAGUCGAGUUUACAGGCAGAGAAAUGUCCACACGGUGAGGACAGACUUUGGACAGCUCGUGUUGGACACUCACAUUGAGACAGGCUCUGUGUGAAUUCACACAUUGACACCGGAAGAGCCGCGGGAGACAUUUUGAUCCGGUAACCCGCCGGUGACCGUGGAUCAUCAGCUGGGACGGGAAUGGCUCGGCCGAGGAAGAAAAGCUCUCCGGGGCGUUUAGCAUGAAGCUCUGCGGGGCUGCAAGACUACCGCGAAAACUACAGUAAUAAAACCACGAAGAAGAAAGAAAGAGAGGAGAGCUGCACGGUGACAUUUAAUUUGUCCAGAAGAAGAAGAAGAAGAAGAAGAUGAUGAUGAUGAUGAUGGGAGGAAGAGUGAAGCUGCUGGAGAUCUGCUGCCUACUACUGCUGCUGAGCGGAAACUCACAGUGCAGAGACUCGGAGCAGACAGAACACCUCUCUUCCUAUCAGCUGACCGUCCCUCGACCAAUAGGAGGCAGGCUGCGGCGGGAUGUAGACGGGAAACCGCCCAAUCAGGUGUCUUACGUCAUCAGCGUGGACGGAAACGAUCGUGUCAUUCACCUGGAGAGAAACGAGUUGCUGCUUCCUGCAGACUUCACCGUGUUCUCCUACAGUCACAAUGGAUCACUGAUCACAUCCAGACCACCUGUACAGAACCACUGUCACUAUCAGGGCUACGUUCAGGACAUGGAGGGUUCUUCUGCUGCUAUGAGCAUCUGCAACGGCCUCAGAGGUGUGUUGCAUCUCACUGAUGAUAGUUACGGCAUAGAGCCGUUAGACUCCGCCCCCGAGCAGCACCUGGUGUACCGCCUGCAGGAUGUGACAUCACAGCCCAGAGGGUGUGGCACGCCGCAUGAUGAUGAGCACAACCACAACAACGCCACGGAGCAUGCUCAGUACAGACCAGAGGAAAUCCACCACAGACAACACAGCAGGAUGAAGCGAGCUGUCCUCCAUCAGACUCACUAUGUGGAGCUGCUGCUAGUCGUCGACUAUGACAGGUAUAAUUACAUGAACAGGAAUGAGACCGCAGUGAGGGAGGAGAUGGUUCAUCUGGCCAACCUGAUAGACAGCAUCUACAUGCAGCUGAACAUUCGGGUGGUGUUGGUUGGUCUGGAGAUCUGGACUCAGCAGAACUUGAUCAGCACUGAAGGAGCAGCCGGAGAAGUGCUGAGUCGUUUCACUCAGUGGAGGGAAGGAAACCUGGUUACCCGCCGCCGGCACGACUCAGCGCAACUCAUCCUGAAGAAGAGCUUUGGGGGAACAGCUGGGAUGGCCUUCGUCUCCACAGUCUGCUCCAGGAGCCACGGGGGCGGGAUCAACGCGUUCACCAACAACAACGUGCCGUCGUUCGCCUCCAUCGUGGCUCACGAGCUCGGUCACAACCUCGGCAUGAACCACGACGACGGACGCUCCUGCACGUGCCCCGUCCCCGCCUGCAUCAUGAACUCUGGAGCCACAGGAUCCAGGAACUUCAGCAGCUGCAGUGCUGAUGACUUUGAGAAGAUGAUCUUGUUGACGGGCGGCUCGUGUCUCCUGAACGUCCCGCGGCCAGACGAGGCCUACAGCGCCCCCUUCUGUGGGAACCGGCUGGUGGACAUGGGCGAGGAGUGUGACUGCGGAUCACAGGCGGAGUGUGAGGAGGACCCCUGCUGUGAGUUUCAGACCUGUAAGCUGAAGGCUGGAGCUCAGUGUGCGUAUGGAGAGUGCUGCUCCAAGUGUCAGUUCAGUCCAGGUGGAACAGUGUGUCGUGCCAGUACAGACGAGUGUGAUCUAAAUGAGUACUGCAACGGCUCCUCAUCGCUCUGUCAGAGCGACGUCUUCGUCCAGAACGGUCAGCCCUGCAGGAACAGUCAGGCCUUCUGUUAUAACGGGAAGUGUCAGCACUACGACGGACAGUGUCAGGCCAUCUUUGGAUCCAAGGCGAAGGCGGCUCCUGAAGUCUGCUUCAAAGAUGUCAACAGUAAAGGAGAUCGCUUCGGGAACUGUGGUUACCAUAACUACGGCUACAAGAAGUGUGAGAGCAGAAACGCUCUGUGCGGGAAGCUGCAGUGCUCCAACGUUCAGGCGGUGACGGUGUUCGGCAUCGAGCCGUCCAUCAUCACCACGCCGAUCUUAGGAACCAAAUGUUACGGCGUGGACUUCAUGUUAGGGUCAGACGUACCCGACCCAGGGAUGGUCAACGAGGGGACCAAGUGUGGAGACAACAAGGUGAGG